CCUAACUGUAUUCCUGUCUCUGCAGGAAAUGAGGUGAUUGCAGUGGACUGGAAAGGACUGAAAGAUGUGGACCAGAUCAAUAUGGACAGCACCAGUUCUCUACAUGGAAGCAGCAUCCACCGGCCCUCCACUGAGCAAACACGGACAGAUUUUUCCUGGGAUGGUAUCAAUCUCUCCAUGGAAGACACAACCUCCAUUCUCCCCAGGCUGAAGCGGAACUCCAAUGCUUAUGGGAUCGGGGCUUUGGCUAAAUCAUCUUUCUCUGGGAUAUCUCGCAGCAUGAAGGAUCACGUCACGAAGCCAACAGCUAUGGGGCAGGGUCGUGUGGCUCACAUGAUUGAAUGGCAAGGCUGGGGCAAAGGGAACAGCCAGCAACAGCAGCAUACACAUGAGACAGUGCGCAAAGAUGCUGAUGCCUACUCAGACCUGAGCGACGGCGAGAAAGAAGCCCGAUUCCUUGCAGGAGUGAUGGAGCAGUUUGCCAUCUCUGAGGCUACUCUCAUGGCCUGGUCCUCCAUGGAUGGUGAGGAUGUGAGUGUCAACUCAAAUCAAGAGAACCUGGCAAGCAACUAUAGUGAGAACUACCAGGAGCUGAUGGAGAACCCAGAACAUAUGGCUCAGACACAGUACGACAGUUGGCCUCAUUCCUAUGUCUCACAAGGCAUGUACUGCCUAGGCUCCUCUGAUGCUUGGGAGACCAGUGACCAGUCCCUCAUUGCUUCACCAGCUACUGGCUCUUACCUAGGCCAAAACUUUGAAGAGUCCCAGCCCAACCUGCAGGAGAGCAUAUUGAUUCAGAGCAGCCUCAUCCAUCAGCAUCAGAUGCAGCAACAGCAGCAGCAGCAGCAGCAGCAGCAAGCCAUAUUGCAGAAUGCAGGGCUAGUUGAUGUGUGGCCCCCCCAGACUGCUCCAGUUGGGGGCACUGGUGCUGAAUCCAGCACCUAUGUGGGGGUCCACACAGAGGAGGAAGGGAACCCACUGCUGGAGAAAGCUCCCCUGCUGAACAAGAAGCCUUCACCAGAGGAGGAUGAUGCUGUAUGCCGGGACUUAGAGUCCCUUUCUCCUAGGGAGGAGCUGGAAAAUGCUGCACUCAGCCGUAAGGUCUCAGAUGUCACUUCGUCUGGGGUGCAGUCCUUUGAUGAAGAGGAGGGGGAAACAAACAAUUGACACUAUCAGGGAUAAAGUCUCCACUACUGCUAAGACAGGGGAGAGGGAGAAUUGAAAUGGCAGGGAAUCCUUUCUCCAGCUCCCCAGAUUCCCAGGCAGAUACACUUUCUGACAUUGAAUUAAAAAAAAAAAAGAAAUGAGAGUGAAAACUUUAUGUGAUUGACAGGUUUAAAGCUCUCCUCACCUGUGACUAGACUGAGCCUCAUUGCCCUGGAUAGUGCACACAGAGUGCUUGGAAAGUGGAUAGUGACAUCACCUGCAAGUCUUUUUGAACCAGUGGUUUGGCUCUGGAUGCCAACUGUUCUGAUACUUGGAUGUCUCUUGAAACGUGGAAAGUAGCUUACUACAUGGAUAUAGCUAUAUGGAUAGGAUAUUUUCUUGGAGAAAAGAAUGACGUUUUAUGGAUACAGUCCACUUUGAUACAUGGGAUAUGUGAAUACAGAUUCUGUCUUAAACGGAAAACAGUUUUGAAGAUACUGAUUGCACUGAUACAGGGAUUAUGGCUGAUGUAAGAAAAGAAGCAUAAGUCUGUAUGGUUAUGAACUUUGCACUGUUAUAAAGAAUGUUUUAUGGGGAUAAAUACAGUACCUCGAUACAAGACUCAAGGCUGUAUAAAUACAGACUGUACUCUGUGAUACAGAUGGCACUGCUCUGUGGACAAGGGCUCUGCUCUCAUAUGGACUGAGUAGCUCUGGAUAUGGAUAUCCCAUUCCCAAACAGCUUUGCUUUGUUCUCUUUGAAGCAGUUUUCUUUUGCUCCCUUAGACAUCGGACAACAAUCUCUGGCUCAAAGUCAGAGAAAGGGAUAUUUCUACUGGUUGUCAAAGGAAGGGAUAGGGAGGGUCACAUGCCAUUUUCUAGUAUACAGACACAGUAACAUAAAGCUGACUUUCCUGGAAGGCUUGGAAGCUUGUUCAUCAUGGUGCUGCUGCUUGAAUCCUUUUCUCUCUUCCUUUGCCAGUAACAAGGAAAAAAAGAGGCAGCAAGUCAAGAAGCAGCAUUAACAGUAUCACAGUUUUCCAGUUUACAUUGGAGCUUUUUGUUGUUGCUUUUUCUACAUUUUUAUAUUGCUAAGUAAUGUUUCUUAACAAAGUGGGAAAUGCCUAUGGACUGGCCACCACUGAUCGUAAGCCUGGCACCAUUCCCAGUGUUGCCAGUCCCUCUGCAGUACCAAAUGCAGAGGGACAAAAGAAGGUGGGAGGGGAAUUUUCUCCUUUCCUCCUGUUCAUUUUUUUUUAUAUUUUCUGGGUUUUUCUCCCUAACAAUGUAAAUACUCCUCAGCUCUUGUUCCUUUUUUUGCUUUCCUCCCAUUUCUUUUUCAGAGAUGGGAAAGGCUAGGUUUGGGGGCUUCCCCCAUUUGUACGGGUUCUAUAUUUUUGUUAACAAAGUUUAUGAUUCAUUGACUGGAGGGUUUUCAUUGUCAUGAGAUUCCUCAACUUCCUGCUGUGGAGAAAAUGCAGGGAAAGUGGUAUCAAAGGCAUUUAAUGCAUUGUCUUCAUUCUGGCCCUUGCUAAAGAAUAAAUGGGGAACCAAAAUCAUGUGGAACAAUCAGUUUUGUUAGAGGACUGAACAGGAUGAAUGGAUCUCAGAGGCGGAAGGAAAUGUUAAACCUUUAUUGAAAUACUGGUAGUGUAUGAGUGAUUGCUAUACUCUUGAAAGGAAAUGUCCACAUAGAGUAUGUUUGGCUCUAAAGUUAAAGGCUUCCUGGAUAAAUAGACUAGGUCAGAUAUCACCACAUUACCCCAGAGUGAUCUUUUCCUCCGGCUGCUCUACUCUAUUCAGCUGACACACAUCUCUCUGCCUUCUCCCCAGGCUGAAGAUCUGGUAUUAUUGCUCAAAGCAUGGGAGAGUGAAACAUGCUCCUCUCCUGAUGCAAGUUUGGGACCCAGUAAAUGUACCAAGAGAGGCAAAGGUGGCCUGAGUAUUUAUCCUCGAGACAGAUUGCUGAGGCAGCCUCUAGUGAGCAUAAUACAUUCAGGACUGUUAAAGGAUUGGACAUGGAGACUGUCAGGUGGUAUUUCUGCCACAUGCCCUUCUGAACCAUUACCCCUAAUAAAUGGAGGAAGAGACAACUUCACCGUGACUUUCUGAGCUUCUGCAGCCAGCUCCAUUUCAAGAGAACUGUCUUCCUUCUUCACUGCACCUCUAAUGGAAAUGUCUUUGGGAUGAAUAUUUGGGAGGUAUUAAGUAAACCUAAUGCUCAUGGGCAGGCAUGAGACAAAUACCUUAGUAACUACUGUUUAUUUUGGAGCUUUCGCUGCCUCUCCUCAAGGAAGGCUCCUCUUUUCCUGAGCAGUGAGACUUGAGCAUGUAUUAAAUAUGUUUACAUGUUCUGGUGCCGACCUCCGAAGACUAGGAAAGCUUGAUAAAGCACUUCCCAAAAUUCAAGGAGGGAGCUCAUUUUUCUGAGUUCAUCUGAACUGCUUUGGGCCUUUGCUGCUUGAUGGGAUGGUGAAAUCUCACUAGCCAGACUGGGAAACUGAGGGAGUGUAGAGGACACCUCAGCAUGCAACAAACAAGUAAAAAUUAACCCACCUUUUUCUGAGCCUUCAGGGAAACAAAAAAAGAUUUGGAGUAUAUCUUUGGGGGUGAAGUUUCAGGUAGACUACUACUUAUUUUCUUUGUAUAAUUUUGCCCCUGCAUGUCUGUCCAGGACCUACCGAGAUACACUAUAUUUCAGUGUAUCAUUAAAUGUACCUUGCUCCCCUGUGGUCAUUCACAGGACUGGGGCAAGUGGGUUAUGUUAUGCAGGUCGAUUUUUUUUUUAAUAUAGGCAAGAUGUAAAAUGUACAUUUUGCCCAACUGGGGAUAAUAACAGAGAGAUGCAUAUGGUGUUGAAAACAAAAAUUGAAAACGAAAAUUUGACCUUAUGGAAAAAAUCUUCAGAAUUUAAUUGCAAGUGAAAAUCUUUCUACAGGGAUUUCUAACCUGUAUAUUGAAUAGAAAAUUAUAACCCUGCUGUAGAAUUUAAUGUCCUGGUUUUGAAAAGCAUGUAGACAAGCUGUUAUUCUCUAUUAAGACCUACAAGUUUUAAGAGUAAUUCCUAUAUAGAUCUGUUAGUUUCAAGCUUAUUAAAUUCUAUGACUUUUCCAUGAA